GGGGAAAGGCCAUUGUUUUAACUUUUCAGUACUUAAAUUUAAGUAUACUGCAAAUAAUUCCUUAGCCUCGAAUUAAACGUAUGGCAUCAAUCAAAAACUUCGUUUGCCUUUCCCUCAUCUUGGUUUCCAUGGCGUGUUUGCACUCUGAAGCUGCAGCCGUGAUCGAACGGAUUCCAUCUCUUGUUCGGCUUAAUAGCCUGCCGACAGAUCAUCGUCUUCUUCGGGCGAAAGGAUGCCCAAAUCAAUGCAUAAUUGCCUGCUGUAUCUGCCUAUAUUUUAGAACGACGCCGAAAUGCAUGUCCUGCUGUUACGAUAAAGAACCGUUUACUUCUAACAGUGCUCCCACAACUCUUGCCCCCGGCGCUGCAGCAAGCGACAACCCUUAAGAAACAGGAAGUUUACGCAAAAUAUUUUAAAACACAAUUCUAGGCACAAUUGUGUUCGGACUGCUCUAAUGCUCUUAAGAAAAUGGUGGUGUGAUAGAGUCUGUCAUGCAUGCAUGUUACUGUGCACGCUCAUAUCUUAUGAUCCUACAUAAUUAACGAAAUUACUAUCUGUCUUUCA